AACACACCACAAUCGAUGGGAGACGCCGACGAACCCUCUAUACGCAGUGUCAAGUCAAAGGCAACUUGGCUUGGCUUGGGACGCAGAAAGGACACCAACCCAGCACUACCCACCCACGACCCCCACACAGCUUCCCGUGAUGUUCCCGACCCGCAGCGUGGCGGCUCCAGCAGCAACACUCCAAGCGAGAAGCGCGACGGCAGCGACAAUAGCACAACUGUCGGUGGCAAUGUCCUCGUCAAUACCGCGCCUGAUGGAGAGGCAUCUCCCGCCCUAGAGUCGGCCAGCCGUCCGUUGUGGUCGCCCUCACGCAUCAAGGACGGAUCCAUCCGAUUUCUUAAACACACCAAAAAUGCUUUGACCCAUAGCUACAUCAACAUCAUGUUGGUGUUUGUGCCUAUCGGUAUUGCAUCCAAACUGGCUCAUCUGAAACCCGAGAUUGUCUUCUCCAUGAACGCUAUUGCCAUCAUUCCGCUCGCUGGUCUUUUGGCGCACGCGACCGAGGUGGUCGCUGCACGCGUUGGAGAUGCUUUGGGUGCACUCCUCAACGUGUCGUUCGGAAAUGCAGUCGAGCUAAUUCUCUUCAUCAUCCUGCUCGCCUCCGAUCAGAUUGAGGUUGUGCAAGCUUCGCUGCUUGGCUCUAUCCUAGCCAACUUGCUGCUCAUCCUAGGCAUGGCCUUCCUUCUCGGCGGUCUGAAGUACCAGGAACAAGUCUACAACAACACCGCCACCCAGAUGAGUGGUGUCAUGCUUGCCUUGGCCGUCAUGAGUCUUCUCCUACCAACAGCCUUCCACUCGGCCUUCAACGAUAACGAGAUUGCCGACCACGAAACACUGAUAGUUAGUCGCAUCACUAGUAUCGUCCUGCUUCUCGUCUAUGGCCUGUAUCUCUUGUUCCAACUCAAGAGCCAUAGGUACUUGUACGCUAGUACGCCUCAGCAUAUCAUCGACGAAGAGUCUCAUCCAGGUGUUCUCGCUGAUGUCUUCGAUUCUUCCAGCUCCAGUUCCUCUUCCAGCUCUAGCAGCAGUGACAGCGAAAACUCGGCACACUCAUCCAAUGGGACUAUGAAGAGGAAGGCGAAGCGAAUGGUGAAGAGGCUGCGCCGUAAAUCCAGCUCUCUUUCCAAGGACUCUCAUGCACCUUCUAAUCCGGCUUCACCCUCCGCUGAGAUUCAAAGUCCCUUCGAUGAAGAAAGAAACGGCAGUGCCACGAAUGCCGCACUCGAUGCACCUGCAACAACCCGCCAGCGCUCCUUCAACUACGUCAUGAGUGGCGACGAGGCCGACGAUGACGAUCAGUACGCCCCUAGAGCCCGAGACUUUGAGGUCGCGUCUUCUGCUUCAGCUCCUUACACCAAACGCGAGAAGCGCAAGCACAAGCAUGAGGGGAAAAAGAGCAAGCGUGAUACAAGAGACCGCAACAAGGAGCAAGAGCCGGCAGGUGAAGCAAUAGCAGCGAAACCCAAGGUGGCUUUCUCUGAAAAAGUUCAGCCAGAAGAUACUGCUCCAGUCACGUCCCGUCGACCGUAUCGACCAGCUCUGCCUUCGCUGCUCUCCAACAACGUCUUCUCAAAUCCGCAAAAUGCGGCCCCGAUGUCAAUGACGAGGACGCUCCCUGAGAUGUCUAUCAAGGCGGCCAUUUUCAUGCUGCUCAUCAGCACGGGCCUUGUCGCAGUUUGCGCAGAUUUCAUGUCUGAAGCAAUCGAACCCAUGGUCGAGACCUCUGGUGUAAGCCAAGCUUUCAUUGGUCUUAUCAUCAUUCCUAUUGUGGGCAAUGCUGCAGAGCACGUGACAGCAGUUGUCGUUGCUAUGAAAAACAAGAUGGACCUCGCAAUCGGAAUCGCCGUCGGCUCCUCUAUACAGAUCGCCCUCUUCAUCACACCUCUCAUCGUCAUCCUUGGCUGGAUCAUGAACAAGAACAUGACGCUUUACUUCAACAUCUUCGAGACGGUGGCGCUGUUCGUCACGGUACUCGUCGUCAACUUCCUUGUUCUGGAUGGCAGGAGUAAUUACCUCGAAGGUAGUCUUCUCAUCGCAGCUUAUAUCAUCAUUGCGGUGGUGAGUUACUACUAUCCCGAUGGAUGUGAGGCUAGUGCAAUUGGUGGCAGAAUUUGCGCCUCGGCUACCUCCAACUCCGUCGCCCAUGGCAUGGUCCCGAUGACAAAGCGAAUGCUCGCCAUUUAG